AGAAUCUCCAAUCAGAACAAAUUCCUCAAAGCGAUCAGAGCAAAGCUAUCAUCGAGAACCCAACUAAUCUCUCACUUCUCUUGUAUAGUUUUUUCUCCGUUUUCUUCAACAAAUGGCUGCCAAAGCUCAAGGCAAGGCAAUUGGGAUCGAUCUCGGAACCACAUACAGCUGCGUUGGAGUGUGGCAAAACGACCGCGUGGAGAUUAUAGCCAAUGAUCAAGGCAACAGAACCACCCCUUCUUACGUAGCUUUUACCGACACCGAGCGGCUCAUAGGCGAUGCAGCCAAAAACCAAGUCGCCAUGAACCCUCAGAACACUGUCUUCGAUGCUAAACGUCUCAUUGGUCGUCGUUUCUCUGACCCUUCUGUGCAAAGCGACAUGAAGCAUUGGCCUUUCAAGGUCGUUGCUGGCCCUGGUGACAAGCCAAUGAUUGUGGUUACAUACAAGGGUGAAGAGAAACAGUUUGCGGCGGAAGAAAUUUCUUCUAUGGUAUUGACCAAGAUGAAGGAGGUCAGAGAAACAGUUUUGAUUCAGGUGUAUGAAGGUGAAAGAGCUAGAACCAAGGACAACAAUUUGCUUGGCAAAUUCGAGCUGACGGGCAUCCCACCAGCACCAAGAGGUGUUCCUCAGAUCAAUGUCUGCUUCGACAUUGAUGCAAAUGGCAUUCUGAAUGUGUCUGCGGAGGACAAGACUGCAGGAGUGAAGAACAAGAUCACAAUUACUAACGAUAAGGGAAGAUUGAGUAAGGAAGAAAUUGAAAGAAUGGUGCAAGAAGCAGAGAGAUACAAAGCAGAGGAUGAGGAGGUGAAGAAGAAAGUGGAGGCGAAGAAUUCCCUUGAGAACUAUGCAUACAAUAUGAGGAACACUGUGAAAGAUGAGAAGUUUGCUGGAAAACUUGAUCCCUCAGACAAGCAGAAGAUCGAGAAGGCUAUUGAUGAGACUGUUGAAUGGCUAGACAGGAACCAAUUUGCAGAAGUUGAUGAAUUUGAGGACAAGUUGAAAGAACUGGAAGGCAUAUGCAAUCCAAUCAUUUCAAAGAUGUAUCAAGGUGGGGGUGGAGAUGUGCCAAUGGGUGGUACUGAGAUGCCGAGCAGUGGAUAUGGCAAAGCUGGGUCUGGUGGUACUGGUGCUGGACCUAAGAUCGAGGAAGUUGAUUAAGUCUCAUGAAAUGGGAUUUUCCAGGAUGUUCUGCUUGUGAGACCUGCUAUACUUUGCUCUUUUUUCCUUUGUUUUUGCUUCUGUUGAGUGGGUGUAUAUUUUCCUAAUGGAUUAGGUGAGGUUUGAGAGAGAUACAUAAAUGAAAACUUUGUAGCAAUGUAAUAAAAAGUUUAAAAUUGUUUUCA